AUGCGCACCUCCCGGAUCUCCAAAGAGACCGCCAAGAUAGUUGAAGCAACAUCUAACAAAUCCCCUCAACCCCGACGAAGCAAUCGAUCUUCUCUCGCACGGUUCUCUUACAAUGUCCCCGCCAACGACGACGAUGAUGAUUCCGAUGCCCGCCAAGAUUCCCCAGACAUCGAAGAUGUUAUCCCAGCGCGAAAACGAAAACGCGAGACAACACGACGAACCCCCAUAAAAGCAUCGCCCCGUGUUACCGUCAAGACUGAAAUCGAAGACAGCAUAUCCCUCUCCCUCUCCCCUUCCAAAGGCCGCAAGACUCGAAAGCCAGCCCGCAAAGUAAAGAAUGAGGACACCGGCGAAGUGGAAAUCCACCCCCCGAAUGACUGGGCAGAGGUCUACGCUGUAGUAAAAGAGAUGCGGACAUCAGGCGUCGCGCAGAAUGCUGCUGUUGAUACCAUGGGCUGUGAUAAGUUGGGGCUAGACAGUGUAGGGCCAAAAGUCAAGAGAUAUCAUACGUUGACAGCCUUGAUGCUGUCUUCACAGACCAAAGAUACUACAAACGCCGUUGCCAUGGAAAGAUUACAGACAAAGUUACCGGCUUACAAGGCGGGUGCUCCUAUUGGGUUGAAUCUUGAGAAUAUCCUGGCCGUGGAUCCAAAGCUCUUGAAUGAGAUGAUUUGGAUAGUGGGGUUUCACAACAACAAGACCAAAUAUAUCAAGGCCGCGGCUGAGAUUUUGAGGGAUAAGUGGAAUGGCGAUAUCCCGGACACGAUUGAGGGUCUUAUGUCAUUGCCGGGUGUUGGCCCGAAGAUGGCUUAUUUGUGCAUGAGCAGUGCUUGGGGGAGGACUGAGGGCAUUGGUGUCGACGUUCAUGUUCAUCGCAUUACGAAUCUAUGGGGCUGGAAUAAGACGAAGGGGCCUGAGGAUACGCGGUUAGCAUUGCAAUCAUGGCUCCCGCGAGAGCUAUGGCAUGAGAUAAAUUGGUUGCUGGUCGGCUUGGGGCAGUCCAUUUGUUUGCCUGUGGGGCGGAAGUGCGGCGAUUGUGAGCUUGGCUUGAGGGGGCUGUGUAAGGCUGCUGAGAGAAGUAAAGUCAACAUCGGGAGGAAGACCAGAGAAGAAAAGAUUAAGCUGGACGAGGAGGGAAACAUCUUGGAGAAGGUUGAAGUUUUCAAGGCUGAGGAAGUAAUUGAAGACAUCCCAGUAAACGCCGUAGGGGUUGAAGGUGUAGAGGGCACCACCCUGGCACCGGAUGAAGGAGGCAUCAAGGAGGGAGAGAGGGCCACGGCCGACUCAUUCGACCAACUUCCCCUGACGUCAAGAAAGCGGAGCAAGAGGUGA